GCGCAGACAGUCGGGCUGCUGUGGAGUGCGGCGCCGCGGCGGAGUCCUGGAGAGCCGGUGGGUGGGCGGGCUGGCGAGGGGGUGGCGGGGAAGGCGGCAGGACUGGGGUCUGCAAGGCUGCAGCCUCCCGAGGGCCAGCCUCGCCGAGCCUGGAGCUGGGUCUGAGCCCCGCGCACACCAAAGACGAGGUGGCUGUGGCGGCAGCGGCGGCCCCAGCCAUGCUGUGCUAUGUGACGAGGCCGGACGCGGUGCUGAUGGAGGUGGAGGUGGAGGCGAAAGCCAACGGCGAGGACUGCCUCAACCAGGUGUGCAGGCGAUUGGGAAUUAUAGAAGUUGAUUAUUUUGGACUGCAGUUUACGGGUAGCAAAGGUGAAAGUUUAUGGCUAAAUCUGAGAAAUCGGAUCUCCCAGCAGAUGGAUGGGCUAGCCCCUUACCGGCUUAAACUGAGAGUCAAGUUCUUCGUGGAACCUCAUCUCAUCUUACAGGAGCAGACUAGGCAUAUCUUUUUUUUGCAUAUCAAGGAGGCCCUCCUGGCAGGCCACCUCCAGUGCUCCCCAGAGCAGGCAGUGGAACUCAGUGCCCUCCUGGCCCAGACCAAGUUUGGGGACUACAACCAGAACACGGCCAAGUACAGCUACGAGGAGCUGUGUGCCAAGGAGCUCUCCAGUGCCACUUUGAACAGCAUUGUGGCAAAGCAUAAGGAGUUGGAGGGGACCAGCCAGGCUUCAGCUGAAUACCAAGUUUUGCAGAUUGUGUCAGCGAUGGAAAACUAUGGCAUUGAAUGGCAUUCUGUGCGGGACAGUGAAGGGCAGAAACUCCUCAUUGGGGUCGGACCUGACGGAAUCUCAAUUUGUAAAGACGACUUUAGCCCGAUUAAUAGGAUCGCUUACCCCGUGGUGCAGAUGGCCACCCAGUCAGGGAAGAAUGUGUACCUGACCGUCACCAAGGAGUCUGGGAACAGCAUUGUGCUCUUGUUUAAGAUGAUCAGCACCCGGGCGGCCAGCGGGCUCUACAGAGCCAUCACCGAGACGCAUGCUUUUUACAGGUGCGACACGGUGACCAGCGCCGUCAUGAUGCAGUACAGCCGGGACCUGAAGGGCCACUUGGCUUCUCUGUUUCUGAACGAAAACAUCAACCUGGGCAAGAAGUACGUCUUCGAUAUUAAAAGAACGUCCAAGGAGGUGUACGACCACGCCAGGAGGGCUCUGUACAACGCGGGCGUGCUGGACCUCGCGCCCAGGAGCGACCACAGCCCCCCGAGCUCCCCCCUGAAGUCGCCGGAGAGCGGCGUGAACUGCAGCAGCUGCGAGGGCCUCAGCUGCCAGCAGACCCGGGCGCUACAGGAGAAGCUGCGCAAGCUGAAGGAGGCCAUGCUGUGCAUGCUGUGCUGCGAGGGCGAGAUCGACUCGGCCUUCUGCCCCUGCGGCCACACGGUGUGCUGCGAGGGCUGCGCCGCGCAGCUCCAGUCGUGUCCCGUCUGUCGGUCACGAGUGGACCACGUGCAGCACGUCUACCUUCCCACCCACACCAGUCUGCUCAACCUGACCGUCAUCUGACCUGUUGUGCACUUACCGGACCGCACUAUUACAAACUAUAAAAAUAAUAGAUUGUGGAGAGAAUGAAUACUCCAACACUCAUCUGCCAUGCAACGUUUUUUUUUUAAAAAAAGGAAGAAUAGAAAGAAUACAACUAUUCCUCACCGCCAGAACAUACCAUGCGUGGAAUCAGCACCUCUGGGGUGGUGACCAGGAAGAGCUCUGGGACCCAGACACAUUCCUUGGACUUUCCUUCUUUUUAUGAUCAAGUAAAGGAAUCUGGAAAAUUGUUGACAUUAGUUAAGUGACAGUUUAGACAAAAAGUGGGUACCUUUUAGAAAAUGAUGCUGUUACAUCUCCUUAAUGUAUCCCAAGGUAAGUUUCCUACCUGCAGCCAAUUUUGUAAGAAUUCAUUCUAAGGAUUUACUUGGUUCUCUUUGUACGGGUCCCGGAGCUCCGGACAUUUUUCAUAGGAAAAUUUUUCUUAAAGAGGUAGUCGUCGUUUUAAUGUCACUUCUGUUUUUCUAACUUGUUCGAGAAUGAUUGGGAGGCAGACAGAUCUCAAAAUCAAUUCUGGGACUUUUUUUAAAGUGGACAACAAAGUUGUCGGAUUUAAACCAGUCUGGCUAGUGGAAAACAGAUCACUCCACGUGGAUGGUUUCCUGUUCCUUCUCCUCUCUGCCCCCAGCCACCUCCCUUCAAUUAUAAAGCGCUUCCAGUUUGGUUAGAUGAUUUCUGUGGAGUCGCCAGCACUCCUUGGGCCUCUUGAGUUGGUGGAACAUUUUAUUUUGAGAUUGGAAGGGGAGGGCAUGUUCCUUGGGAAGGGAGGGCAUAGCUCGCUGAGAUGAAGCUAGGUGGUGUCCACGCUCGGGGCGGUUCCUAGCCCUCCCACGCACCCUGCUCCAGCUUCACCCAGUGGGGUCGCUUUUGCUUGAGCCAUCCAGCCUUUUACAGCCUUAUCAUAGAUAUCCUAGCAUUGUGUGCUUUUUUUUUUCUUUUUUUGUAGUAAAUGCUUAAGUAUUAACUUUUUGUUGUCCCUCUGUUUAAGAGGGGUUUGGGGGUUUUUUGUUUCUGUAUUCUUAAUCAUGUUUUCUAUUCCCACUUGGGCAUUUUGGACGCUGGUCAGCUUGUGGGUUUUCUAGGAUGUCAGGAAACCUAGAUGACCUUACUGGGUGCAAUACUAGCUAAGUUAAAGCUAGAAACCUACACUGUCACUUUACUGAGAAUUCUGAGUAUACUUUUCAUAUUGCCUUAAUGUAGCAGUAAUGUGUUUAUGCAUUUGUUUCUUUGCACAGACAUUUUGUCAGAUAUUAAAACUCUACUUUUUUAUGGCACAUAUUAACAUAUAAGCCUUUAUUCCAAGAGGUAUUUAUUUUUUCACUUGUAAAAAGUAAUGUUUCCACAUAAAGAACUCUGUUAUAUCCUAGAGGACUUCUGUCUUUUAUAUUCAGGAUAAUAAAGACUUUAAAGCAAA